CCUCUCCCAUUGGCCGCGCGUCACGUGCGUUUGACGUACGGCGCCGCGCUCGCUCCCAUUGGUCGCGCCGGGUGCGCGGGGGGCGGCUUGGCGCUGCGCCCGAAGCAUGGCCGCGCGGUCGACGCCGCGCGCCAGCGGAGUGCCGGGAUGCAACGGGAGCAGCACGAUCCGCGCGAGCUGGAGCUCGCCGCGGCCGCGGCCGCCGCCGCCGCCGCCGGCGGUGAGUGGGCGUCGCGCUGGAGUCUCGAACCGCCGCAGUGUCCGCCGCCGCAGAGGGGUAACCCCGUGAACGUGGUCGGCGGGGUGGUUCAUCCGCCGCCGCCCGAGAGUCCGACGCAACAGCAGGUGGCCGCGUUAGCGGCGGGCAAGAGGAGCUCGGAGCAGCGCAUCCGCAGGCCCAUGAACGCCUUCAUGGUGUGGGCCAAAGGAGAGCGCAAGCGGCUCGCCGACGAGAACCCGGACCUACACAACGCCGACCUGAGCAAGAUGCUCGGCAAGAAGUGGCGCAGCCUGACGCUCCAGGAGCGGCGGCCGUUCGUCGAGGAGGCCGAGCGGCUGCGGUUACAGCACAUGCAGGACUACCCCAACUACAAGUACCGGCCGCGGAGACGCAAGCACGCCAAGCGCGGGUCGCGCCGGGGUAGCCCCUCGCAGCCCGGCAGCCCCGACGAGGGCGGCGGCAACGGCGGCGGCGGGGGCCUCCAGACGCCUCCGGACUCCAGCCCGGCCAGGGGUAGCCCCCCGGACUGCAGUAGCCGGCUCAUGGCCGAGAUGCCGUACGAAACGCCCGUGCCGCCGACGCCCGAGCUCUCUCCCAUGGAACCCGAAGACUGCUGCGGUCCCAUCGACGACGGCACGGGCAGCCACCUGUCGCAGCUGAUGUGCAAGUUCAACGACAAGUCCAUGUUCCUCAAGAACGUCCGGCCGCCGUACCGGACCCACACGCAGCGGGGCCUCGGUCCCCCGGGGCUGACGCAGCAGCACAUCUGCACGACGGCCAACACGACCAUGACGACGAGCGGCUACUCGUUCCAGAGGACGCCGCCGGCGUCCUACUACUCCCCCAUCUACGCGGCUACCUCCCCGUACGGUCCACCUCAGGGCGACCUACCCCAGGACUCCUACUACGGGGCGACGGAGCAUAUGUACGCGCCGCAGCCACCGCAGGAGACGUUCCUGGAGCACAGCGACCUGGUCCAGUUCCUGGACGCCGCCACGGCCGCGUCGCCCGUCUGCACGACGGCGGGCGGCUACGCGCCGCUGCCGCCGCUCGGCGCGGGCGAUCACGCCACGUACGAGACGCUCGGCUCGGAGCCGCCGCCGUGCGGCAUCGAGUACGCGACGAUGCCGCCCCAGCCGCAUCACCCGUACGGCCUCUACCAGACGCACCACCACCACAGUCAUCACCAGGGCGACCUGCACCACCAAGAACCCGGCGCGGGCAUCAUCGCGGCGCUGGCCGAGACGCGACACAUCAUGUCGUGAUGGUGACAGUAAAUUUUGUUUGUUUGUUGUUGCGCGGGAAGACGGCGUGCUUCUGCUCUCGGUGUGUUUCUCUGCCGGCCGUGGUUGAACUGCCGUCGAUUCCGUUUCCUCGGCGUCUCCUUCCUCCCCGGAGGGCCAGCCAUCGCUCGUGGGUGCGUGCGUGUUUCCGAAGCAUGUUCGUGUGCGUGUGUGUGUCUGUGUGAUUCGAGAGCGCGCACUGGUACUACUACACCCCCGCCGCCUGUACAGAAGAGACUCCUGCCUUACGAAGCUGUAGUGCACCGUUGUGCCUAUAACGCGAAAACCGUGUGGCUGCAGCGGCAGCGUGCGUGCGUGCGUGUGUGUAUAGCCCGCGCCAAGCAGCGCCCGAACGACGAAGUCCGUCACGGACUGCCUGCCGACAAAACCGCGGGGGAUCACCGCGGCGUUCGCUACGGUUGCGUGACCGUCGACAUGCACUCUUGCGCACGCCUCGCCGCACCUCCCUUCCACCCACCCGCCACUCGUCGACCGAUGAUGCCGUACCGCCGCUGCAGCAGCGCGGUCGUCGUUGAACGUCGCCUUCGUGGCUCUCCGCGUUGGGUCGCUGUUGCUGUGAUCGCUGCACUGCGCGACCGCCCCCUUGCAAUGUGUAAAAAAAGGAGAAAAAGAAGAAAAGCCAAAAAAUGGAGACGAAAGAGAUGAUAAAGACACGAGAUACAAGAAGAAAGAGAGAUGUUUUAUAAGACGAGAUGUGGUCGCGCAAAACAAGGCCUCUCCGCGGUGUGCGCAUGUCUGUUGUUAUGCGAGCGCCGCCGCCCCAAGCGGCGGCCUCGGCCCGAACCUCCCCCCCCCCCCCCCCCUGCCUGAUCUGCUGCCGCAACCGCGAGGCCCUUCUCACUGUGCAAUAAAUGAACACCACCGUCCGUUCUAUUACACACAA